AAAAAGUCAUGGAAGGGUCUGAUAAUCCCCUGAGAACCGACGACAUUCCUCCUCCUGCUCCAUCAGCAUUCGGAUCCCAGUACCAUCGCAGGCAACAGACAACAACAAUGCACUUCAAAGUUUUCGCUCUUGUCAUGGCCACGGCCGUCAUGGCCGCCGUCAACGAGCCAUGCAUUGGAUCCGGCGGAAGAGCAGGCGUGUGCGUCACCACCUCCGACUGCUCAAGCUCGGGCGGAGUGAGCAUCUCCGGCGCCUGCCCAUCGGAUCCCGACAACGUCAAGUGCUGCACCAAAGCGACCUGCCCCAACGGGAGCGCGGGCAACUGCCGCUGGCAAAGCGACUGCGGCGGAAGCUCGGCCACGGGAAUGUGCCCCGGCCCCUCUCAAUUCAAGUGCUGCUCAUCGGCGGCGACCGGGUUCGGCGGUUACCCUGCCCCGACCAUCCCCGGCGUAGGCGCCUGCAAGGCCGUCGCUGUUGAGGGAGCAAAGAAGGUCGUGGCAGCCUUCCCCGGCCGUGUCAGACAGAUCUACUGCACCCGCGACUGCUCGUGCCCGGGCACCUCAGACCACUGCUGCGGCAAGGCCAUUGACUUCAUGUGCUCAGAUGCUGGUGGUGUUCCCACCAUGUCCGGCCGGGAGCUCGCCGAGUGGGUCAUGAACAACCGUGGCACCCUCAAUCUGAAGUACGUCAUCUGGGGCCAGCGCAUCUGGAGCCCUUCGGUCGACGGCGUCAAGGCAUGGACCAGCUGGCGCCCGAUGGAGGACAGGGGCGACGUCACCCAGAACCACUGGGAUCACGUCCACGUCAGCUUCAACUAAUCUGGCUGCUGGAAAUAGUUGCCAGAUUGCUUUCCAGAGAGUGUCAAACUUCGCUCGAUCGC